AUGGCUCGAUCCACGAUGAAGAACAACAGCGAGAAUGGGUGGGUUGUGCAAAAGUUUGGCGGCACCAGCGUCGGCAAGUUCCCGGACAAGAUCGCAGAGGACAUUGUGCAGCCCUACCUGCGGAAUAACAAGAUCGUCGUCGUCUGCUCGGCCAGGAGUUCUGGGAAGAAGGUGACUGGAACUACAAGCCGGCUAUUAGAAGUCUUCCGCCGACUCAAGAGCCUCGAGAUCAGCAUAGAACCGACCCAGACCGAACUAAUUGACGAGGCGAGAAGAAUCAUUCAGGACAUAUGCGACGACCAUGUCGCCGCGGCGGAGACUUUCAUCAGAGAUGCGAGCCGGUGCGCAAUGCUGAUCAAGGAGAUACAAGACGAGUGCUUAGAGCUGUGCGAAUAUAUCGUGGCAGCGAAGCGCUUCCACCUCGAGGUCAAUGCGAGGUCGAAAGACCGUGUUGCUAGUUUUGGCGAAAAGUUAAGCUGCAGGUUCAUGGCCUGCUUGCUGCAAGACAGGAACGUCGAAGCACAAUAUGUGGAUCUAUCCGAUGUCCUCAGCUACGAAGGAGCAAGGCGGCUCGACCAUACAUUUUACAGUGACGCCGCGGCCGUCAUUCGAAAAAAAAUUCUGGCCUGCGGGGACAAGGUUCCCAUAGUGACAGGCUUCUUCGGGAACGUUCCGGGCAGUCUACUAGAUGGUGAUAUUGGGCGCGGCUACACAGAUUUAUGCGCGGCGCUCAUCGCAGUGGGACUGAAGGCAGGGGAGUUGCAAGUGUGGAAGGAGGUCGAUGGCAUCUUUACUGCAGAUCCGACCAAGGUGCCCACGGCACGGUUGAUCGGGGCCAUCACGCCGUCUGAGGCUGCAGAGCUGACCUUUUACGGCUCCGAAGUUAUUCACCACCUGACAAUGGACCAGGUCAUCAAGGCCGACCCGCCAAUCCCGAUUCGUAUCAAGAACGUGAAGAAUCCCCGGGGAGAAGGCACAAUCGUGGUUCCGGACGCGGUGUUUGCGCCAGGCAAGGAGCUGCGGAGGUCGCGGCCGUCAGAACUGGAUUCUGUUGGGCGCAAGACACCCAAGCGGCCUACAGCGGUAACCAUCAAGGACGGGAUAUCGGUCAUCAAUGUUCACUCAAACAAGCGGUCUAUCGCGCACGGCUUCUUUGCGCGCGUCUUCUCCAUCCUCGACCAGAACCAGGUCUCAGUCGACCUGAUUUCGACAUCAGAAGUGCACGUCUCGAUGGCGAUCCAUGCUGCGAGCGACAACGGCGGCAACUUUGACAGGGCGCGCGCCGAACUCGGAGACUGCGGCGAGGUCAGUGUCCUGCACGACAUGGCUAUUCUGAGUCUUGUUGGUGCGGACAUGAAGAACAUGGUUGGUGUGGCAGGCAAGAUGUUCUCGACGCUGGGAGAGCAUAACGUAAAUAUCGAGAUGAUCUCACAAGGCGCGAGCGAGAUCAAUAUUUCGUGUGUAAUCGACGCCCAAGAGGCCACACGUGCGAUGAACAUCUUGCAUACAAACCUAUUUACCUUUUUAGAAUAA